UUAAUUUGGAUGAGCUCUAUUUCGUAGAUUUAUACGGUAACGUAUGCAUGCAUAGUACGUAUUAAAGUUGCAUAUUUUUAAAGCUGUAAAUUUCAAUUAUAAUGGCGAAACAUCAUCCUGAUUUAAUCUUUUGCCGUAAACAACCUGGAGUUGCUAUAGGAAGACUUUGUGAAAAAUGUGAUGGCAAAUGUGUGAUAUGUGAUUCAUAUGUGAGACCAUGUACACUAGUUAGAAUAUGCGACGAGUGCAAUUAUGGUUCUUAUCAAGGAAGAUGUGUUAUAUGUGGUGGCCCUGGCAUAUCUGAUGCGUAUUAUUGUAAAGAAUGUACAAUUCAAGAAAAAGAUCGAGAUGGUUGUCCCAAGAUUGUUAACUUGGGUAGCUCUAAGACUGACUUAUUCUAUGAACGCAAAAAGUAUGGAUUUAAGAGACGUUAGUUGAUAAAUUAGGAUCAAAUGCAUUUACUUAUGUUGUAAAAAACUUAACACAAAAUUGGCAUACAGAUAUAGAUGUAAGUACAUACCAUAUGCAUCUUUUAUUUUAAGAACUUCAUACAUGUCAUUAAUGUAUUGUAAUUUGGAAAUAUAGAUUCUUUAUAAAGUAA